ACAAGUACUUCAUGAUUGGCGGGAUGCUACUCACCUGUGCAGUUAUGUUCCUUGUGGUGCAGUACUUGACAUGAGCCAGCCACAUCCAGCGCUGGACAGCCUUCCCAUCGUGUUAAAGUGUAUGUGCGCACAUGUGUGUGUGCAAGCAAGAAUGGUGGGCUGGGCGGCAGCCUUUUGAAAUGUAUGCCUCAACUGUGAAGACACCCACCUCCAGGACUAAUUGUGACUUAGUAUCAAACCUGUUCUGUUUUCUGUGACAUCUGGAGAGGAGGAGCUAGGGUCAUCAAGAUGUGUGGUGCUUAGGAGUGGAUCAAGUUCCUUUUCUCUCGCUCUCACUGGGGGAGGGAAGGAAUGGGUUUGGUGGUCUGUCCGCAGGACUGGUACGCACCCUGGAAAGCUUCCAUCAUGAACCUUGCACACAAGACUGUCCACAUUGUUCA